AUUGUGGACAAAGAAUCGAAGACAAGGACCGACGGCAACGUUUUUCUUUUCAACCCCAACAUUGAAUAGGGAGAAGAGAAGAAAGCUCUUGCAUUUACUCCUAUUUACUCCAUUGCAAAGUCCAACUCUUCUCGGUUUCCUAUAGGCUCCGUUUCUCUCAUUCAUACCUCUGUUGUGGAUCGGCUGUUGAUGGGAAUUCUCGUUAUGAGGUGAGGUUCCGGAUAUGAAGAGGAAAGGUGAUACGAGAUUGUGUCAAAGAUGGAGCAAGUGCCGGGGGCGUUUGGAACAAGCGCCAGCUUGGCUCUUCGGUUUGGGCAGACCCUUUUCUCCUCUGCUUCUCUUCUGUUCAUGUGCUUCCAGGUUGAGUUCUACAGCUAUACCGCUUUCAGCUACUUGGUGACGGUCAUGGGUUUAGUAGCUCCAUGGAGUUUCUUAUUAGCAUUGGUGGAUGCUUAUUCCGUCUUUAUACGGUGUUUAACACGGCAACAAAGAGUAGUAUCAAUCAUCGUAAUGGGGGACUUUGUUUUGUCAUUUCUCUCGCUCGCUGCAGCCAGCUCAACAGCUAGCGUAACCAGCAUACUCCAUGAAGCUGGCCCGUUGUACUGCCCGGUCCCAAUAUGUAGUAGAUUUGAGCUGUCCGCGGCCAUGGCUUUCUUGUCUUGGUUCUUAUCAUUUUCUUCUGUUCUCUUCAAUCUUUGGCUCCUUCCUUCUUUAUAAUGUCUAUAUGUCCUCCUUAGCCAUUUCUUGCACAAAAGAAUAAAUAGUCAAAUCUUUUGAAAUUCUUGGUUGCCCACAUUUGAAAUUGUACAGUGAGACUGUAUGUUACAUACUUUACAUUUAUAAACAAAAUAAUUCUCAACAAAUAAAUUGGAUUUACAUCAUUUUGAUUAAUUAGUACUACCAACUUAUUUUGACUGGUCUAAAAAAAAGGUACGCUAUUU